CUCCCAGCCUCAUCCGGUUCCUCUGCUCUCGAUGCCGUCCAGACCAUUGCCGCUGGCCAGUCUUUCGAUGGUGGCAUGGUCAUGUACGACAGAGGUGUCGAGUGCACUGGCCAGGCUGAGGGUGGCAGCAGCGAUGCUGUCUUCUACCUUGAAGCCGGUGCCAGCAUUUCCAACGUCAUUAUCGGUCCAAACCAGGCCGAGGGAAUCCACUGCUUCGGCGAAUGCACCCUGAGCAACGUCUGGUGGUCUGCUGUUUGCGAGGACGCCUUCACAAUCAAGGAGCAAGAUGCUGGCGCUACCACUACCAUCACUGGCGGCGGUGCUUUCGGUGCCGAAGACAAGGUCCUCCAGCACAACGGUGGCGGCACUCUCUCCGUCUCUGGCUUCACCGUCGAGACCUUUGGCAAGCUCUACCGCUCUUGCGGAAACUGCGAUGAGAUGUUCGAGCGCCACGUUAUCUUGGACGAUAUUACCGCUACCGAUGGCAAGUCCCUCGCCGGUAUCAACUCCAACUACGGUGACACCGCUACCUUUACUAACAUCGUCGUAUCCGGUAUUAGCGAUAUCUGCGUUGAGUACGAGGGUAACGACACUGGCGAAGAGCCAGAGAAGACUUCCAGCGGUCCUUCCGACUACUGCAUCUACUCC